AUGAAGGUCACCGCCACCAUCGCUGCCGUUGCCCUGGCAUUUGCGGCUUCCACGAGGGCUGCCACGUGUACCCCGGGCUUGGACUACUGUUCAAAUGUAUUGUUGGAUGUCGAUCCCAGCAACCGUAAUGCUAUCUCGCAGACCUUACAAAGCAGCGGAGGUGGCGAUUACGCCAACGACCAGUUUUCAUGGCAUAGCCUUAUAUUCCAUUGCAACAUUGAUCAUUCCCUCACUUGGCGGAGGUGUGGAGACCUUGAACUGUGUGCCAAUCAAGGCUCUGGCAAGAAUGAUGUCUGUGUAUAUGCCCCCAUCUUUUGA